GAACCAUUCAGCCCUAUGGGAAUUUCUCCUCCCAGCUUGCUAGCGUCAGCUACAUCUGUGCCUGUCAGCCAGAGUAGUUCCAAUGGCAGCAGCAGCGGCAGCAGCAGCAGUUACUUGGCUCAGGCAUCAGGCUGCCUCUCAGUGACAUUCUGCUUCAACUUGACUGAGAGGCAGCACUGUUCGUCCCUCUCAGCUCAGACCGGGAGGAAAAGUUCUCUCUUGUCCUCCGUCAUUGGCUCAAGAGCAGAUUCCUCUUUAAUGUAUGAAUGACUGAGGAAGGAUGCCCUGCAACAUGAGGAUACGCUUCUCAUCUGGACAAACGAGGACCGUUUUGGAUGGCUGAGAGGAGCGUGAUGCUGCACUGUCCGUCUCUUGAGCAGGGAUGACCAAAGCCUCCUGGUGUCCACCCUCCUCCUACUCUUUAUCAUCUUUCUCCUCCGUGUCUGUGCUGACACUUUUCCUCCAAACCCCUUUGGCAUGCAAGGGUCAAGUCAGCAGGAUUUCUCAUCCUCCACAGUCCUCUCUCCAACUGUGUUGUGAUCCUGUUCCUCGGUACCGCACUUGACCCGAAGGCUCUCCAGGCAGAACAAAGGGAUUAACUAUGAACUUUGCUCUCACCAGGGGACACAGUCUUCCUUUAUAUAGACGACUGUGAGAUCUGAUUAAAGUCAACCGAGACCUUCCUGGAAAUGACAAAUCCAAACACACCUGUCAUGGUUGGAUGCCAAUAAACACAAGGACCAUGGAAAGAGAAAUCAUGGUGAACUCCACAGUAAAUACCAGUACGAUGGACGUCCAGUUGGUCACCCACAGUCUCUGGGAGGUGAUCACCAUCGCGACUGUGUCGGCGAUAGUCAGCCUCAUCACCAUAGUGGGGAAUGUUCUUGUAAUGCUCUCCUUUAAGGUCAACAGCCAACUGAAGACAGUGAAUAACUACUACCUACUGAGUCUGGCAGCUGCUGACCUCAUCAUAGGUGUUUUCUCCAUGAAUCUGUACACCUCUUAUAUACUGAUGGGCUACUGGGCCUUGGGAAACCUCGCCUGUGAUCUGUGGUUGGCUCUAGACUAUGUAGCCAGCAACGCCUCGGUCAUGAACCUGCUGGUGAUCAGCUUCGACAGAUAUUUCUCCAUCACCAGGCCUCUGACCUACAGGGCCAAACGGACUCCCAAACGAGCUGGGAUCAUGAUUGGUUUAGCCUGGCUGGUGUCCCUCAUUCUGUGGGCCCCACCCAUUCUCUGCUGGCAGUACUUUGUUGGGAAAAGGACUGUUCCUGAGAGGCAAUGCCAGAUCCAGUUUUUCUCAGAGCCUGUAAUAACUUUUGGGACGGCAAUCGCAGCCUUUUACAUCCCUGUAUCAGUCAUGACCAUCCUCUACUGUCGAAUCUACAAGGAGACAGAAAAGAGGACGAAAGAUCUUGCGGAGCUUCAGGGGAUUAACUAUUCUACAGACUCUGGGGUGGCUCAGCCUCAGAAGACCAUCAUCAGGUCCUGUUUUAGCUGUAAACUAAGAUCAGCUUCGCAUGACAGAAACCAGGCCUCGUGGUCGUCCUCUAGCAGGAGCAAUGCUGCCAAAUCAGCAGCCACCACCAAUGAUGAGUGGUCCAAAGCUGGCCAGCUCACCACCUUCAACAGUUAUGCCUCCUCAGAGGACGAGGACAGGCCGGUGUCUCCUGGAGGCUUCCAGGCGUCCUCCUUCAGGAACCAGGCCUGUGAGGCCAGCAGGAGUGGAGUGGGCAGUGAGAGCGAGCAGCUCAGCAGCUAUGAUGAAGACAGUUUCUUUCAAACGCCGCCCAAAAGCAGCUCUCAGAGGAGCAGCAAGUGUGUGUCGUACAAGUUUAAACCUGUGGCCAAAGAUACUGUGGAACACCAAAGCAAAAAUGGAGACACUAAAAUGGCCUCUUCAACGUUCUCCUCGGCUGAAUCCAUGAGCGCUCCAUCCACCUCCUCGACCUCUAAACCCAUAGACGCUACUCUAAAAAACCAGAUCACUAAGAGGAAGAGGAUGGUGCUGAUCAAGGAGAGGAAAGCAGCUCAGACUCUCAGCGCCAUCCUGCUGGCCUUCAUCCUAACAUGGACGCCUUAUAACAUCAUGGUGCUGAUUUCCACCUUCUGCUCAGAUUGCAUCCCCCUCUCCCUCUGGCAUCUGGGCUACUGGCUGUGCUACGUCAACAGCACCGUCAAUCCCAUGUGCUAUGCCCUUUGCAACAAGACUUUUCAAAAGACCUUUCGCAUGCUCUUACUCUGCCAGUGGAAAAAGAAAAGGAUUGAGGAAAAACUAUACUGGUACGGACAAAACCCUGUGGUCAGCUCCAAACUGACAUGAUGUGUUUUUUUUUUUUUUUAAAGAUGGUGUAUUAAUAUGGCUAUAAAUCGUAUGUUCUUGGCUUUAUGAACUUGAAUCCUACAUAUUAGGUGAUAUGAAAGAUAAAAAUAUUAUAUCAAGAGGCUGGUACAUCUUCUAGUGUUGCUCAUUAAUCAGUAGGUCUGCUGUAGUGUAUGUUAAUUGCUGCUAAAACUGUGGAAAUGGAAGAACAUUAUACAACUGUACUACUAUUAUAAGUGACACUGUACAUAGGUUCUAAAAUAUAAAUGUUUUUUCCCUCCAAAUUGAUGCUCAUGUGCACACAAUGCCAUUGAUUAACACAGAUUACUUUGUAUUGUACUGUCUUUGUAGUCCAUGUUGGUAUCUGUACAUCAUGAAAUUAUUUCAAUCUAAUAACUUACACAAUUGGUUUAAAAAAUACCAUUUUCAAAAUGAAGUUGACACCCAAAAUAUCACAACACAUGCAGAUCUCUUUAAUUCUCUUAGUAUUGUCUUGACAAUGCACAUUUAGCAAAUGCUAUUUUAUUUUGAAGGGCUAAUACAUGUCGUCCUGAUGUCAGACUCUGCUUGCAAAGUCAAGGUUAUGACUUGAUGAUAAACUGAAGCCUUUUCACGCGUGCCAUUGUCAUAUUUGUCAGAUAAAUAAAUACAGAUUACAUCAUUGUUUUCGCAUUACAUGUUAUGCAUUUUCUGUCGUACAAAAUCCCACUGGAAAAUAAAGUUAGAUUUCUAAUACAUGAGUUAAACUACAAGCAACAGUCAAAAAACAAACCUGUUAAUUAUUUAAUCCUAACUACAUAACUAACUUUCUAACAGUGUCAGUGUUUACAUGGGAAACAGUACACAAUGUUUCUGAAAAUGUAUUACUUCUCAUCCUCAGGAUAUUUUCUUUUUCUUUGAAAUGCAGCGUCGGUUUUCUUGGAAUUACUGUAGCUGAAUCAAUAUGUCAUCAUAUUCUUAUUGUAUUUCUGGCAAACUUGUACCGUGCAAAAAAUGCUGUUUGUUUGUGAGGUGUUUCUUUCUGUGAGCAUUGGAUGGAAGACGAGAUCCAAAAGUUAUUUUACUACUAUGUGUCAUAAGCUAUAUUGUCUUGAAACAAUUUUCUUUGUAACUGUGAUAAACCAGACGUCUGCACUUGCAAUUUGUGGAAUGAAAUUGAUGCUUUGCUUCAAGCAUAUUGACAUGGUGGAAACAAAGCUAGAGCUAAAAACUGUACUGCAAUUUUAUACUGUGUUUAAAGUUUGUGAUAAAGUUUGGAUUUCUUUUCAGUAUUUUGUGAUCAUGUCCAUGCAUUUCAGAAUAAAAUGUGGUGAACUGAA